AUGAGGAGUGAAACCGAUACGGAAGAGCGCCCAAUCGUAUUCGUGGCCCACAGUCUCGGAGGACUUGUUGUUGAACAGGCUCUUCUCAUAUCACGCGGAUCAUCGGAACUGCAUGUCAAAGACAUACUAGAGGGCACGUUUGCAAUUGUUUUCAUGGGUACCCCACACCAUGGCUCAAACCUGGCAAACUGGCGCAUUCAUUUGACCAGACUCUCCAGUCUGAUCAUGCAAACGAACAAGAAAAUUGUUCGCGUGUUGGACCCAGGCUCGGAAGUGCUUGCCAACAUCCAACAAGAGUUUCACACAAUGAUCCGAGAUCGCGUACAGCAUAUCCAGAAGGACGUACAGAUCUUCUGUUUCUAUGAGGAAAAACAGUUUCGCGGCAUCGGGAAGAUUGUGGAUGAUCACUCUUCGAUACUUGCCUCAUAUCCAAACGCAUCUAUCCACGCGAACCAUGUUUCGAUGACGAAGUUCAAUGGCUCAGUCGAUGCGGGAUAUGUCAGGGUGAAAGGUCGCCUGAAAUUGUGGGCCAAGACAAUCAGAGAAGCCCAACAGAAGGCGGAAGGCCAUCAAAAAGUAGCAGAGGAACAGCCAUCCAGAAAGGAUGGCCAGGACGAUGAGGACGAUGAUGGCUCGCGUGGUGGUAACCUGUUGGAGUUCAACGGCCCUGUUAGCUCAAACGGUGGCCCUAUUUUUCAAGGUUACUAUCGCUCCGGACGAGAUAUGGUUUACAGCAAUGUGCAGAAGGAAACAUGA